UUUUCCAAAUGAUCGCGUAAUAAUCAGAUUACACUAUAGUAAUUAGACUCAGAAGAUUAUUUAAAGCUCUAUUGAUAUCCAUAAUAUUUAAUAAGAGUUUGACUUGUGUUCUUCACUUAUUAUGCCAAUGAAGUAGUUAAGCCAUUAAAGUUGUUUGUUUCCUAUUGCUAUCAUCAGCCUGGAUAUUUGCAAUUUGAACCAAAACCAUGCUUAGUAUUAUGAGUAUUUCCUAAGUUUCAUAAUACUCGCUACACUUUCCAUUGUGGGAAGUUUCACAUUACUUGCUACAUUUCCUUUUUGGGCAAUAAACUCUCUUCCUUCACAUGGGGCCCUUUUCUUUUUACUCUCUACCUUUCUCUUCUCCAAAAAUUGCCUAAGAAUCCGUGAAUUGAAAAGUGUAGCGAGUAUAUGAAACGGAGGAAGUAUUAUCCAUUCUUGAUGUAUACCACCCAUUUCCACCUUUCCUUAUUAAUUUUUUCGCUAAAGUCAUCUUUUGUUUCUUUCGUCGUAUUAAUCACUCCAAGUCACAAAUCACAACCCACAAGUAUAUAAUAUAAGAUCAUAAAUUUACACAUAUCUUCUUGUUGGAUCACUUGUGCUGAACUAUCACAGAUUAGGUACUGUUUAAUGUGAAAUCGUCAUUAUUCUAGCUCUAAGGACCACUUUGUUGGUCCACUUAAUGAAGUUAGUUGAUCAAUUAUUACUUACAUGUAACGUCUUGCUCCAUUGCCUUUCUUAGCCAUUGUAUAUAAUGUGUAUGUUAUGCUCAUCAAAUUACUACACAAAAUAAAGAAUUUGGAACGCGAUUGAUCAAGUUUCAAUGAAGAAUAAAUUUCAGGUUUUUGGGCAAGAGAAAGCCACUAUGGUAGGGCGGCAAAGUUAUGACAAAAAAAGUUCAAAUUCAGGGGAAAAGCAUAACCGUUGUGUGAUUGUUCCAUCUACAACUGAUAUGAUUGCAGAAGCUAUAGAAAGAAAAGACAAUAAAUGGUUUGUUCGGACAAAAGUCCCAAGUGAUCUAAUCAUACAAGUCGACAAGAAGAGCAGCUUUCACUUGCACAUUCUCCCUAUGAUAUCAAGAAGUGCUUAUUUGAAUAGAAUUGUAUUUGAGAAGAAAAACGCUGGCAUGAAGAUGAACAACUUAAAAAUCGAACUAAACAACCUUCCUGGUGGAGCAGAGAUAUUCGAGUUGAUAGUAAAGUUCUGUUAUGGUUGGAAGAUUGAUCUAACAGCCCAUAAUGUUGCACCCUUAUACUGUGCUGCAAACUUCUUAGAAAUGGUUGAUGAUUUGGAGUUUGGAAACCUCAUUUCUAGAACAGAAACUUUCUUAAGCUUCAUCAAAUUUUCUUCCUGGAAAGAUACAUUUAAUGUUCUGAAAACCUGUGAAACAAUCUCUUCAUACGCCAGAGAUUUACAAAUCCAAACAAGGUGUUCUGAGGCAAUUGCUUGGAAAGUUUGUACAGAUCCCACAGCAAUAUCUCUUGGCAAUGAUGAAUCACAAUGCUUCAAUUUUUGGGUGGAAAAUGACACUGAUUAUUCUUAUGAGAAAAAAGUAGCAGAUAGUUGGUGGUUUGAAGAUGUUUCAUCACUUCGCAUUGAUCAUUUCAUUGAAGUGCUGGCCUUUAUUAAGAAGAAAGGAGUUAAACCAGAGGUGUUGGGAUCCUGCAUAGCCUACUGGACUGCUAAAUGGCUUUCGCGAAUCUCUUUCGGGCUUAAGAUACCAUCUCACAAAAGCAUAAAGCAUCAAGUAAGAAGGGUCAUUGUUGAGAGCUUAAUCAGGGUAAUUCCUGUGGAGGAAAACUCGGUUUCAUGCAAUUUCUUACUUCAUAUUUUAAAGCUUGGUUUGAUGAUGAAGAUUGAUUCCGGAUUAUUGUAUAAUCUGGAGAAAAGACUUGCCUCGAACUUGGAGAAAUGUCACCCAACAGACCUCUUAGUUAAGAAUUAUGGAGAAAGUGAGAUUUUGUAUGAUGUUAGCAUUGUUGCAAGGAUUGUGGAUGUUUAUGUUUCACUUUCUUCUAGAAGUUCUUCGUCGAAAAUGUUCGUAGUUGGGAGGCUGGUGGAUGGAUUUCUUGCACUAAUAGCGCGAGACAAAAAUCUUUCUGUUGAUGAUUUUAGAAUGCUUGCAGAAUCGUUGCCAAAAAAUGCCCGUUACUCUGACGACAAUCUCUACAGAGCCAUUGAUAGAUAUCUGAAGGCACACCCAAACUUGACAGAAGAAGAGAGAAAGGAGGUAUGCAGAGCCAUGGAAUACCAUAAGCUAUCACAAGAAGCACGCGAGCACGCGAUGAAGAAUGAUAGACUGCCAUUGAGCAUGACAACACAAUUUAUCCUUCUGAAGCAAGUAAAUAUGGUAAAAUCCAUGGUAAAUGAAGGUUCAAUUUAUCGAAGAACAAAAGCACAGACGAUUAUAAAGAAGCAAAAUGAAUGCUUUAAGGUUCAAAAGCAGAUGAAUGUUAUGAGACAAGAAGUUGAAAGCUUGAAGAUUGAGAUGAAUAAGUUGCAACAUUGCAGAGUAGAUAUCAAAAAGCUAGCAAGAAAGUUGUAAGUUGAAAUUUUUGGGCCAAACUUCUGUUAAGAUACUUGAUUUAUAAGGCUUGAAUCUAUAUUGUGAUGUGAACCUCCCAUCUUUUCUUUUUUUGUAUAAGAAAGUUCGUCUAAUUAAACCAGAGUCAAAAAUCCUGUUGAGUUGUACUCCACGAAAUAUUAAUGUCUAUUUCUAAUUGGAUGGAUUACUCUGAAUAGACAAAGUUUUCUAUCGGAAAUAAUUUAUGGUGGUUAUUU